AUGACGAAGGCAAUCGGCUACCCCCGGAUUCUUUCACUCGAAAACUUCCGCACGCCGAACUUCCGCCUUGUCGCUGAACUAUUGGAAUGGAUCGUAAAACGCUUCGACCCAAGUGCAACGAUUAGUGCUGAGCAUACAACAACGGAGCAGGAGCGAGUAUUAUUUAUCAAGCAAGCCGUAUUGCUUCUUCUACAAAACUCCAGACUCAGACUGAACCCACGACGCCUCUAUCAGGUGCGUUUAGAUUAUGUCCAGAACUACAAUGACUUUCCUUUCCUUUUUUCUGUCGUUUUUUCAAAAUGUUCAUUUCGGAAAAGGCUACGAUCUAGUGAGAUGGGAAUUCACGAGGAAAAAUAA